AUGCAGCGACGCGGUGUGCGGCAGCUGCUGCUGCUGCUGCUACUGCUACUACCACCACCACCACUCUGGUCCAGCCACUCAUCACCUCUGUUCAUGCAUAUGUGUCUCUCUUGA